GCACACUGUGAUUACAUCAUCAGGUCGCGCCCGGAUGUGGCUGAUCGGCUAAACAAAACUAAGCGAAAUGAGGGGAUAAAUCUAGGUGGGAUGGAGCUGACGAGGAGCUGGACCGAGUCAUUUCGACAGGAUAUACAUCCAGAAACAUCAACGGGAACUAAGGAGCUCAAAAGAAGUGCUAAGAAACACAUUUGUGGGCAAGUUUGUUAGUUAGCCGCCGUUAGCUCGACGGGUAGACAAUCUGCUUUAGGUCGGUGUUGUAAAUAAAUACCUGUCUGUUGCUUUAAUCCAAAGUGCGCACAUACUUAAUUACAAUAUUCUGGAGAUUAUUAAAGAGGUGAAUUGAUGCAGGAAUGUCAACGAACUGCAAAGGACAACAUAAAGACGCGAUGAAACAUUGACAGGCCUGUUAAGUCAGGUAGUGAUUACUGUAACGUUACUUAAAGGGUUUGGUCGAUUUUAAAGUGGCUUAAAAUGAGGAGAAACUGGAUUACAAGAGAAACACGGGCUUGUGGUGGGCUUGUCGUGACUUUGGCAGCUUUGGUCAUCUCCUGUCCUUUGGCUGAAGUCAGUGGUCACGAUGGACAAGCGAUGACACCAGAGGAAAAGUCCGAAAUCAGGGACCAAAUUCUAGAGAUGUUUGAUCAUGCCUAUAACAGUUACAUGGACUAUGCCUACCCUGCAGAUGAGUUGAUGCCCCUCAGCUGUAGAGGAAGGGUCCGAGGGCUGGAACCCAAUCGAGGAGACGUUGAUGACUCUCUAGGAAAGUUUUCUCUAACCCUAAUAGACACGUUAGAUACUCUUGUGUUGUUAAACAAACUGGACGAGUUUGAGGAAGCUGUGAAAAAGAUCAUGAGAGACGUCAGACUGGACAAUGACAUCGUCGUCUCUGUUUUUGAGACCAAUAUCCGUGUGCUCGGCGGUUUGUUGGGUGCACAUGUGAUGGCUGAUGUUUUGAAGCAGCGUGGACAGAGAAUGCAGUGGUACAGAGAUGAACUGUUACACAUGGCCAAAGAGCUAGGAUACCGCCUGCUGCCUGCCUUUAACACCACCAGUGGCCUUCCUUAUCCUCGGGUAAACUUGCGUUAUGGAGUUGUGAACCCACUUUCGCGUACGGGCACUGAGUCUGACACUUGCACUGCUUGUGCCGGGACCUUGAUUUUAGAGUUUGCAGCACUUAGUCGAAUGUCUGGGGACACGAUAUUUGAGGAACAUGCUAGGAAAGCUAUGGACGUCCUCUGGGAAAAGAGACAAAGAGGAAGUGAUCUUGUUGGUACUGUGAUAAACAUCCACAAUGGAGACUGGGUUCGUAGAGAUAGCGGUGUUGGUGCUGGAAUCGACUCUUAUUAUGAAUACUUGAUGAAAGCUUAUAUUCUUCUUGGGGACAAGGUGUACCUUGAGAGAUUCAACACACACUACAGUGCCAUUAUGAAGUACAUCAGCCAACCUCCUUUGCUGCUCAACGUCCACAUGCACAAUCCCACAGUAAAUGUGCGCAGCUGGAUGGAUUCCUUGCUCGCCUUCUUCCCUGGAUUACAGGUUCUGAGAGGAGACUUGAAACCUGCCAUCGAGACGCAUGAAAUGCUUUAUCAAGUGACGAAGCAGCACAACUUCCUCCCUGAGGCCUUUACCACAGAGUUCAGAGUUCACUGGGGACAGCACCCAUUGAGACCAGAGUUUGCUGAGAGCACAUACUUUCUUUACAAAGCUACAGGUGAUCCGUACUACUUGAAAGUGGGCCAGUCUAUAGUGGAGAAGCUGAACGCUCAUGCUCGGGUCCCCUGUGGUUUUGCCGCUGUGCAAGAUGUGAGAACAGGAACUCAUGAGGACAGGAUGGACUCUUUCUUCCUGGCUGAGAUGUUUAAGUAUCUCUACCUGCUGUUCUCAGAGAAGAGUCAGUUGCCUAUAGACAUUGAUGACUAUAUUUUCACUACUGAGGCUCAUUUGCUCCCAGUAUCCCUGUCUACAACCCAGCCUUCCUGUCUUACCAAUGGCACGGAACCCCCAGCACAUCAGGACGAUUUGUUUUCAUACUCCUGCCCCAGUGCUCAAACCCUGUUUCCCAACAACCCCACGUUCGCCAAGACAAUCAGAGAUGGAUAUAAAUACCUCACCGGUGUGGGAAGAGCGCAGCAGGCCUCAUCUGUCAGGGGGAUUGAGCUGCCUCUUCAUGACACAGGCCUGGAGCCAGUGGAGUUUCUGAAGAGCAUGGGCAUCUCUCUAACACCCCUUACUGAGCUGGUCUCCGCAAGUCAAGGCUCAGUGCCUCAGGAUUCUCAGAAGGGUGUGUUCAAGCUGAAGCUGGUAGCAGAGGUCAGCCAAACCCCUGAGCACGAGGAAGUGGUGCCACUCAUUGUCCAACUCAUUUCCCCUCCAUUUUUAGGCCGAACUGUCCUUAUGGCUGGUCCAGCAAAGUUUGGACUGGAUCUCACCAAACAAGAGCACGGGGUGAAAGGACGCAUCAUGAAGAGUGUUCCCUAUACCGCAUGUGGACCCAUAGAGAACACAGUGGAGCUGCAAGGACAUAUAGCGCUGGCGUUAAGAGGAGACUGCAUGUUUGCUGCUAAAGCACGACGCCUACAGGAAGCAGGAGCCAUCGGUGUCAUAUUCAUCGAUCACAGAGAGGGCAGCAGCAGCGCUGAGACUCCUCUGUUUCAGAUGGUUGGAGAUGGAGAACCCACUGAUGACAUCACGGUUCCUCUAGUGUUCCUCUUCAGCAAAGAGGGAGCAACACUUACUGCCGCUCUGCAGGAACAUCACAAUGUGGACGUCCUCCUACUGCCCAAAGAGAGACAACUGGGAAAAGAAAAACCUGAGAAGUUAAACAUCAAGUUCCGUUUGGCCAAAGAAGGAGAGCUUGAAGAUGGUGAGAUGGAAAGCACUACUAUCCAGCUCGUCCUGGAGCAAAGCGAAACUGCCACAUCUUUACCAGCAGACAACCAGGAGACUUGCACCUUUCCACACAAAGACCCCGAGAGCAGCCCCUGACAGCGGCUCAGACCUGAUCACAGUCCUCUUCACACAACACAGGGCUUCGCUCCCUGUCUCUGACCUCAGAUCAGCUCUGAUCACUUAGCAGAAUCUCUGCCAGGCCUGGACUGCACCAUCUUAAGUGGGGAACAGAAGUCUUCCUCUGGUAAAGAUGGUCUGAUCUUGCGGAGCUGGAGCUACACCACAGGUCACAAGUUUGUCAUCAGUAGGAUUUGUUCACUUUUUAAUAAUAAUCCUAUUCUGCUCACCAUUUAUCUGAUCACAAAUACAGUAAAAUAUUAUUAUAAUGUAAAAUAAAAGUUGUCUUAUUGAAUGCUGAUUAAAAUUUAAUUUAUUCCUCUGAUCCAAUGCUGAAUUUUCAGUAUCAUUACUACAGUCUUCAGUGUCACAUGAUCCCUCAGAAAUCAUAUUAUGACCAAUUGUUAUUGUUACUCAUUAAAAAUCAGUCAUUAAAAUUUUUUUUUUU